AUGGCCACCAACAUCACCUACCACGCCAGCGGCCUCACCCGCACCGAGCGCAACACCCUCCGCUCCCAGCGCGGCCUCACAAUCUGGCUGACCGGCCUCUCCGCCUCGGGCAAAUCCACACUCGCCGUCGAACUCGAGCACCAACUCGUCCGCGACCGUGGCGUGCACGCCUACCGCCUAGACGGCGACAACAUCCGGUUCGGACUCAACAAGGACCUGGGAUUCAGCGAAGCCGACCGGAACGAGAACAUCCGACGGAUCGCCGAAGUGGCGAAGCUGUUUGCCGAUUCGUCCGCUAUCGCCAUCACUUCUUUCAUCUCGCCGUACCGCAAGGACCGCGACACCGCGAGACAGUUGCAUGAGGUGCCCACGCCCGGAGAGGAGACGGGUCUGCCGUUCGUUGAGGUGUACGUUGAUGUGCCUGUCGAGGUGGCGGAGCAGCGGGACCCUAAGGGGUUGUAUAAGAAGGCUAGGGAGGGUGUGAUUAAGGAGUUUACGGGCAUUAGUGCCCCGUAUGAGGCGCCGGUUAAGCCCGAGGUCCAUGUCAAGAAUCAUGAGGUGCCCGUGCAGGAGGCCGUUGCGCAGAUUAUUCGGUAUUUGGAUGAGCAGGGGUAUUUGCCUGCUAAGAAGGAGUAG